CGUUGGCGACUCUGCGGACCCGGGACGAUGUUUUGAAAAACGCGAAGAAAGCUGGAUGUUCACGAGGGCCGACUAAUAAUUCAAGUUUGUGGUUAACCUGAAUUAAACGGAGCUCAAAAUGACUGGUCCUACUGACGAAAUGCUAAACACUGUCGAGCGGUAUAAAAAGUUGGCAGAAAACAAGGAUAAUCAAGCCGCCAUGAUAAAGGACUCUGCGGUUGUCCAGUUCCUUGUGUAUGCUUUGGAAGGAACUUCAAGUGCUGUCAGAGAUACUGCCAUGACAACUUUAGAAUUAUUUGGUGAUAAUGUUACGCUAUGUCCAACUUUGAGAAAGACAUUUGGAGUGAUGGAGUCCCUUGAAGCUAUUGCUCACAGUUCUCUGCCUGAAAACAUUAUUUUGGCUGACCGAGCAAGAAAGCUACAUAGCAAACUUGAACAGUCCAAUAACUUAGUGUGGGAAGUCCCAAAGGAAGUAACAUUGCGGAUCCCUGAUUUGACCCCAGAGGAUUGCACAGAGAUAUGGCAAGCUCUUGCUUCUGUUCGAGGUGUGGUUUCCUGUCAAUUUAACCUGGAACUGAGCACAUGUACCCUGACUGUGUUUAGCAGCAUGAAUCCUCAAACUUUGGUACAAACUCUCUCCAACCAAUGCAGCUUAGAAGCAGAAGUUGUCAGGCCAGGAUUUCAGGCUGAUACUGGCUCCCAUGAUAGAUCCAUUCGUGACCUUCCUGCAUACCUGCCAGAGGAGGAUUCGCCCAUUGUUCAGAAAAAAGCUGUUGCAAGGAGGAGACCGAAGCGGAGAGAGAGCAGUUGGUUUACCAGAGCAGCCAGUGUUUUAGUUGAUUCCUUCUUUUGGUGAUGUUGUAUGGUCUGCCACCAUUUUUUGAUGGAUGAAGCAUUUUCUCCUGAGCGUUCAGGCAGUUUGAAUUAUUUAAAUGAUUCUCUCAAUCUUGUUCUUGUAGCUGUCACUUGCUAGCAAAGCAAGGGAAGUUAAAUUGUGAUAAGUUACAAAAGAAUCGCUUGAUAUGUUGUUCUUUUUAAUGGUACUGGUUUUAUCUGCCUCAAAAGCAAAAUGAAAGCAGUUCCACUCUUAAAACUUACUGUUAACGAGUACAUUACUUUAAAUUUUACAUUUUGAAAAUAAUGUAGAUUGUUAGACAGGCUUGUGUUUUCCUGUCCUAUAUGUAAUAACUUAUUUUAGAAAAGUAGACAUCAGACAUCAUUUGAGACCCUUUUUAUUUAUCAUUUUAUGAAUUUUUGUUUUGGAAAGUAAGACUGAGUUCAAAUAAAUUGCACCCGGCUACUUUCAACUCUGCAAAAUCAAAAUCCAUAUUUUAAAGACUAUUUUACAUGUUGAAGUAUAAAUUCAAUUUUGAAAUCAAAACCAUUCUACAUGGAUCAACUGCCAGACAUUGUUCACCUCACUUAUGAUAGUGAGUUAGUUUAAGGUCUAGAUUGUGAUUUUUAACUCUAAGCAGGGUUUUCACCUUUUGUUGUAUUAUAUUUUUAGUUGAAUAAAUUCUCCAGCUGAAACCAGAUUCAA